UUGAAGCCCAAGACAUCACAGGAAGUAAGAGGAACACACAACACAAUGACAAGAAACCUGGUGAUCAUUGCUUUAAUAGCUGCCUCUUUGGUUUCAGCACAACAUAUCACAUUUGAUGGCACUAGAUGUUUAUGUCACAGAACCAGGAGUAAAUUUAACAUUCCUCCAAAUGUAAUUAAGAAUGUAGAAAUAUUUCCUGCAUCUGCUUCUUGUGAGCAUAUGGAGAUUAUUUUAAAUUUGAAAAAUGGAAGGCAAAUCUGCUUGGAUCCCAGCAGUCAAAAGAUAAGAAAUAUGAUUCAUCUCUUAAGAAAGAAGAAUAAAGAAACCAUGCAAUGAAGCGAUAUAAUAACACUACACCUCCUUGGAAAAAGACUUUCCUGUAAAAGCGGAACAUUUAUUUAUUUCCUCUUUUGUUCUCUGGGAACAUAUUUCUGUAUCAUCUGUAACUUAUUCAGUGAAACUUAUUUAACACCUGCUAUAGAAAGAUUUUUUCAGAUAAGUGUAAUAUAAAACACUAAACGCAUACAGUCACAUUUCUUUUUGCAUGUGCUUAAUUAUAUAUAAUAAAGCUGUAAUAUAUAACAUGUAAUUAAUACCGAAAGGAAGUAAUAUGAUGCAAUGUUAAAAUGUAACUCAGUGGGAAUUGUUACAAAGUAAAGGAAAAUAAGUGAUAGAAAACUAUUUAAUGUAAUACUUAUAUACAAUGUAUAGAUUUUGUAAUACAGACUAUGUGAACGUCUUCAAAAUUAAUAGAAAAUGUAUGGUAUUUUAGGUGUUUAAAAUAUAUGCAUCAAAUAGAGAUUAAGAAAUGUCUGCCAAUAAAUAUUUAUUUUU